AUGGAUUUGGUAAUAUCUCAGCUGUUUUUUGAGUUACGACCAUGGGGAAGUUUUAAAAUAUUAAUACGAAUUAAAACUUUAACAAAUAAGGCUGGUGUGAACUUCGAUCCAGAUACAACAGAGGAAGWUAUAAAAAGACUUUUGGGAUCAAAAGGAGUCCAAAUCCCAAACAAAAAUAAUAUGCAUAUGUACAAAACCAACGAUGUAGCUUACAUCAGCUCAGGCAAAAUCCCAAAGACUUUUGACGCWCGGAAAAAAUGGGUACAAUGUGACACGAUCGGAAGAGUCCGUGACCAAGGACAAUGUGGAUCGUGUUGGGCGGUGUCCACGAGCUCGGCUUUUGCUGACCGUUUGUGUAUAGCUACAGAWGGAGAUUUCAACGAAUUGUUAUCAGCCGAUGAAAUCACUUUCUGCUGUUAUACAUGUGGCUUUGGGUGCGAUGGUGGUUAUCCGAUAAAAGCAUGGAAACAAUUCAGUAGACACGGWCUAGUAACCGGAGGAGACUUCGRCWCAGGAGAGGGUUGUGAACCAUAUAGAGUCCCACCUUCUGGAAGUAAUAGUUCAAAUUCAUACAAUCACUUUUGCAGGAGAAAGUGUUACGGAGAUAACCAAAACAUCAGUUACAGCGAAGAUCACAGAUACACACGUGACUAUUACUACUUAWCUUACAAURCCAUACAAAAGGACGUUCUGCUUUACGGACCUAUUGAAGCAUCAUUUGAAGUAUACGAUGAUUUUAUGAUUUACAAGUCAGGUGUUUACGUUAAAUCAGARAAUGCUACAYACUUGGGAGGACAUGCCGUGAAGUUGAUCGGUUGGGGUGUAGAAGAAGGAAUCCCGUAUUGGUUGAUGAUGAACUCGUGGAAC